AUGGCUGAUCCACCCAAGCACCCACACGCGUCUACGGAUGGGGUGACAGUCGCCCGCCGUGGGUCCUCGGCUUUCGGCAUACUGUGGACUCGACCAUACGAUCUCUACGGAUUCUACGGACUGUUUGUUUACCUUGAACUCCUGGCAACCAGAAUCAUCGACCGAAAUACUGGCAGCAGCUGCCACCAACUGGAACUGAUCAGGAAAGCCCUCACUCACCCCCUUGCUGAGGCCAAGCAGGUCGAGUCCCCCCGUCUGCAAGCCCCGUCUCCAAGUGAGGACCCAGUCUGGGUCCCAUGUACACGAGCGAGCCCAAUAUACAUAAUACCUUCUGAGAACCCGGUGGUUGAUGCUGGCAAUAUCACGGAAGCUGGACAGAUACUCCAGGCUUGGUUGACAAGAGAAAACCACCCUACAUUCCAUGGCCCACGAGAGAAAGAACGGUGA